UCGUUCAGUGGUUGGGGUAACAGAGCCGGUCCAUAAAAUUUGCUAUAAUUUUGCUCCUUCUUGGUGAAUUUUGCUAAAAUUUGUCGAGGAGGAAUAAACUUGACUACUUUAAGGACUGGUGGAGUUUCAGAUCUAUGUGAGAUUUGGUUCGGACAUUUAGGCAUUGGAUUCGAGCUGGUCGCUACGUGAUUUGACUCGGCCUUUGUCACUCUAUUUUUGGAUAACUUCAUCCAGCUGGCCCAAAAUUGACAGCGAAGUGAGAACAUCGGGUUCAGGGGGAUAUGUCGAGAAGAAGUCAGCGGUUGCAGAGUAGACAUGACAGAAGUCUGCCUGACACCGAUGAAGAUGAAUUUGUCAUUUGUUCGAGAAAAAGAAAAGAAAGAGACGAUGAUUUGGAUGAAGAGCUACAUUCUGCAGAAAUUCAAAGAAGAAGGCAACAAUUUCAAAUUCAAAACUGUUGGGUUCCAAUUUCGGAGUCAGGUGGUUUUGAAACGUCUUCCCUUGUCCCCACGCCACACCAAGAACCGACGACCCCUUCCGAACAGCUCUUAGAAUCUGGCUCAAAGUUCCGCUUCAAGAACCUCUUCCCUACUCCCUUUGCCGACAGGAGGUCUCCCUUGCCGAUGUUGAACUGGGCAGAUUCGAAGGAAGUAUGGCGAAUCAUGUUGGAGAAAGAAUCCAACUAUGUUCACAAUACAAGGUGCUUGGACAGCCAUCCGAGCCUUGAGAAACGAAUGAGGGCAAUUCUUCUAGACUGGUUAAUUGAAGUCUGUGAGGUUUACCGGUUACACCGAGAGACAUUCUACUUAGCGACAGACUUCAUCGAUAGAUAUCUCGCAAAAGUAAACAAUUUACCAAAGAGUCAACUGCAGCUGAUCGGGAUUACGGCGUUGUUCAUUGCAGCUAAACUAGAAGAAAUAUAUCCUCCAAAGCUUCAUGAUUUUUCCUAUGUCACAGACGGUGCUAGCACAGAUCAAGAAAUACUCAAACAAGAACUUAUCAUUCUUAAGGCGUUGAAGUGGGACCUCUCACCAGUAACAGUGAAUACAUGGCUGAAUAUCUACCUUCAGCUAAGUAAAGGAAACCACACUGUACAUAGCAACCACAACUUCCUUCUACCAGAAUACUCAGGUCAUCAGUUUGUAAAUAUUGCUCAGCUCCUGGAUCUUUGUAUAUUAGAUAUUGGAUGUCUACAGUUCCCAUAUAGUGUUGUAGCAGCCUCAGCCCUUUACCAUAUGACGUCACAAGAACUUGUGCUAGAAGUUACAGGCAUGAAGUUGGACGACAUAGCAGCGUGUGUUCAUUGGAUGUCAGCAUUUGCAAUAACGAUACGAGAGGCAGGUCUCGUUGAACCAAGAGGCUUCAAACAUAUAUUUUCAGAUGAUGCCCACAACAUACAAACCCAUGCCAACGACCUUCAACUACUGGAUAAAGCGUUAGAGAGACUUGAGCAUAUUAUGCAACCCAUGAACUGCAGCCCAGUCCACGUACCAGGAGUCCUCACACCCCCUCAUAGUCAUCACAAGUCUCGUACGCAAAGCGUUCUAUGAAACCAGGUUUGCCUUAUCAUUUUCACGCUUAACUUUUACGGGUGUUUUUCUUCUUCUUUUUCGUCACAAAGCUGCUGAUUAAAAUAAUCCAUCAAUGUCGUUACUUUAUGAUACGCUUUUUCAUGAAGUAAAUUAGUUCUUUUGUGUCAAAUCAAUGUAAAUUGGAAGAAGAGACAAGUUGGUAGACUUGUAAAGAAGAUUGUUAUAUACCAGCCAGGCUCCUAUGAUACCCAUGCCUACAUCCUUAUGGACUAUGAAGGGGGUAUUACUGUUUCAGCCCCAGGAGAAGGUAGCAACAACUCCCUGGUGACAAUUGAUUUGGGUCGAUGCCGAAAUCAGUUAAGUGUAGCUCUCAUGUUAGAGUGUACACUAGGACCAAAUUUCAUGGCUCUGUUUACUCUAAGCACAGAAUCG